AAUGCAACUUAUUUUUCGACUAGCAGAAGACAAGUGGACAGUCGCGUGCAAGUAAUUGAAAGAUUAUUUCUUGCGAAUUGCGAUUUCUCAGGCUUUUAUUGUUGAUUUACUGCUUCCCUCAGAAUGUUCAGAUCAAAACUUUUAAGGGUUUGUUUCACUGCUGUUCAGAGUGGACAGUGCAGACAGAUACAGCAGAAGGCAGAGAGAAGCGUCAACCAAGUUACUCUGCUAGGUAGGGUGGGGCGGGAUGUAGAGCUGAGAGGAAGCGAUGAGCAUCCCAUGGCAUCAUUCUCCUUAGCAACCAGUGAAAACAUCAGGAGUAAACAUCCAGAUGAAACAGGGGAAUUUACUCAGAAAACCAGCUGGCACCGCGUGUGCGUCUUUAGACCUGGACUUGUGGACAUUGUCUAUACAUACUGCAAGAAAGGCGACAGGCUGUUUGUAUCAGGAAAGUUGGACUACAGUGAGUACACAAACAAUGACGGAAUCAAAGUUUAUCAGACAAGCAUCGUUGCAGACGAUGUGAUUUUCUUGAACAGUGAAAACAGGAGAGACGACUACUGAACAGAAGAGGAUUCGAUUAACAUGUGAGAAUGUGCUUGCCUGAUGAGGCGCCAAUAUGGCUCGCUGCACUGUCUAAGAAUGAACUUUGAAAUAUGCAAGGAUCAUUGUGUAGUAAGGUAAAUGCAUGCUGUAGUUAAGGACGGAGAAGGCCUAUUACGAAAAGUGAGAGUCACGUCUUUUCCAAAGGAAUCCCGCCUUGGUCAGCUUACAUGUAUGACCUUGGGAUUAGCCCUACUGCGCCUUAGUCAAUGCGAAUAUGUGUCUAAAACCAUAUUCACAAUCAACUUAAUCAUGACUUGUCGAAUUUAACACUUUGUCAAACAACCCCCCCCCCCCUCCCCCCAAACUUUUGUUUAUAAAACUCUUCAGUUUGUAUGGGACAACUCUAUGAGACACCCAUAAAGCCGGGGUAAUAAUAACAUUAUCAUGUUGAGCAGGGCCCGCUGGGAGAACAGUGUGGCUUCCCUGGGUAAAAAAUGACGUUGUUUGUUAUUAUUAUAAGGGGGCUUUUCCACGGUUCUGGGAAGUAGGGGGUACUGGGGCUGAAUCACCCCCAAGAUUUGCAUGGGGAGUGAUGCAUGUGUUGUCAACCAUAGGAAGCUUGUCAUAUUUUUCUUUCAAACCAGCACCCCUUAUUAAAAAAAAUUGUUCCCAUGGCCCUGGGCUUCAUGUGCAUAUAUGUAGAUGUUUGAACAUGUAUAUACGCACAACCUUAAAUCAAUGACUCCAUCAUUGAAAAAAUUAAUCUAUCAAACAAUCAUUAUACAAUCAGUCUAUCAUUAUACAAAUCUACCUAUCACUCAAUCAAUCAAUUAAACAUUAUACAUGUCAAUCAUUCAAUGUGCAUCCUAAUCUAAUACUAAAAUUGGACAUAAAAUAAUUCAAUCUACCAAUCAAUCAAUCAGUCAGUCAGUUAAUCAAUCAGUCAGUCAGUUAAUCAAUCAGUCAAUCAAUCAAUCAAUCAGUCAGUUAAUCAAUCAGUCAAUCCAUCAAUCAGUCAAUCCAUCAAUCAAUUGAUCAAUCAAUCAACCAAUCAAUCGGUCAGUUAAUCAAUCAGUCAAUCAAUCAGUCAAUCAACCAAUCAAUCAGUCAGUCAGUUAAUCAAUCAGUCAAUCAAUCAGUCAGUCAGUUAAUCAAUCAAUCAAUCAGUCAGUCAGUUAAUCAAUCAGUCAAUAUAUCAAUCAGUCAGUUAAUCAAUCAGUCAAUCCAUCAAUCAAGUAAUCAACUGAUCAAUCGGUCAGUUAAUCAAUCAGUCAAUCAAUCAGUCAAUCAAUCAAUCAAUCAGUCAGUCAGUUAAUCAAUCAGUCAAUCAAUCAGUCAGUCAGUUAAUCAAUCAAUCAAUCAGUCAGUCAGUUAAUCAAUCAGUCAAUAUAUCAAUCAGUCAGUUAAUCAAUCAGUCAAUCCAUCAAUCAAGUAAUCAACUGAUCAAUCAAUCAACUGAUCAAUCAAUCAAUCAGUCAGUCAGUCAGUUAAUCAAUCAAUCAAUCAACCAAUCAAUCAGUCAGUUAAUCAAUCAGUCAAUCCAUGAAUCAAUCAAUCAAUCAAUCAACCAGUCAGUCAGUUAAUCAAUCAAUCAAUCAAUCAAUCAAUCAGUCAGUCAGUUAAUCAAUCAGUCAAUCCAUCAAUCAAUCAACCAAUCAAUCAGUCAGUUAAUCAAUCAGUCAAUCCAUCAAUCAAUCAAUCAGUCAGUCAGUUAAUCAAUCAGUCAAUCCAUCAAUCAAUUGAUCAAUCAACCAAUCAGUCAGUCAGUUAAUCAAUCAGUCAAUCAAUCAGUCAAUGAUUGAAUGGAUCGGUUGGUCAGUCAAUCAGUUACUAACUCAGUCAACCAACUAAUCAUAUAAUAAAUCAAUUAAAUUGAACCAAUCAAUCAAUAAAUUUAUCAAUCAUCAUACAUACCAAUGACCCUAUCAACCAUUCAUUGCAUAUUCUAAUCAAUCAAUAAAAUAGAAAAUGAUUGUUUCUUACAAGUGGGAUCUAUUAGUUCCAAGAUAGUUUAAUGAGGUUACCAAUCACAAAAAGGCAAGUUUGGCCUUCUUAAAGUACACAUAUAAACCAAUCAAGAGUUGAAAUUUCUCUCUGUAUUUUACAGGAUACAAAAUUUGAGCACUGAAACAUUGUUCAGGUGUUGUUACAUGCUGGUUACGAUUAAGCAACAUGGUGCAAAGUGAACAUUUGACCAAGUUUGUAAACAUAUUCAUUAAUUUUCUUAACAUUGUACUUCUUUUCCAUGUUCUUAAUAAUUGUAAUUAACCAUUGUUGAAGAACAGACAUUUCGUGUACAAUAAACAGAUUUGGGGUUCUUAGUGAAUUUUUGGGAGAACUGAUAAUUUUUUUGUCUGCUUCAUUCAAACAAUAAUCAUUCCUCAGCUAUUAUAACCAAGAUAUUUGGUGUACAACCGGAAACUAUUAUCAUUAUUCUAAGUUGAGUAGUUUGUUUCUCAAAGAAUUGAGCAGUGUUCAUGGGCAUCUUAUUUGUUCAUUGGAAAAGAAAUGGAAAUGUAAUCUUUUAUAUUUUAGUUUUGUUCUUGAUUUCUUCGUUUACAUCUUGGCUUUACAGUGGUCAUCCAACUCAGCAUCUUUUCACAUGUACAUCUCUCUUCCCCCCAUGGACAAAAGAAUGCAUUUGUCUGUCUGUGCUGGGGAAAAGAGGUGUAUGAUGAAAAUUGGCUCAGUGUAUUACAAGGCCAGAGAAAGUUUCAUGAGGUUGUCUGUGAUGUUACGCAAGCGCAUGACUGGAACCUGUUUUUAGGUGCUAGGUCAGUUACUUGGGUUGUAUCAUGUGGAAUAAGAAAGGGUCACCAGUCAGGUCAUUCGUAACUUAUGAACAACUUCAUGAAACACCCACUCAACUUAACCUUGUGAGUAUUUCAUAAAGCUGUGAAUUUUGAAUGACAGUAGGCACGACUGGUGAUUCUUUCUUGUUAUAUAUGAUAUAUCCCUGUGUAGCUGAUUUAGCAUCUAAGAACAGGUUCCAUUUGUUCAUUGAGUUUACAGGGUUCCCAGCUUAUCAGGGAAAAUUAUUUUACCUUUUUCCAGUCGGAAAAAAGCAGGGUAUUUGAUUUAAAUAUACCUAAAAUAAGUGAAAAUGCCUCAAAUGAGGGAAAAAUCAGGGAAUUUUGAUCGGCCCUAAAGUCGAAAGCAUGGUAGUCAGUCAGAAUCUGUUAUAUUUUGUUGCAUACCAAAACAACAUCCAUUGAAUGACUGGUUAUGGUGGUACUAAUGAGUUUUACAUUAUUGUUUUUAUACUGAAAAUACAUGUAAUUCACUGCAACAACUUAGAAAACAUGCAAAACUGGGAAUGGGUUUAAGUAAUUAUCAGGGAAUUUUUAAACUUCAUCAGGGAAAAAUGAGGAAAUUUUGUUUUCUUGAAAAGCUGGAAACCCUGGUUGAGCGCGACUUUGCAAACAGCUGUAUGAAACACCCACAGGUUGAUUGAUAAAUACGAUUAUGUUUCGGAAUCAAAUUUAUUCAGAGAUUGUUGAUAGAAAAGAAAAUCAUUGCACAGUCUAGACAUAUCAUUUAAAUUGUUUUAAUGUAUUAUAUCGAAGGGAAUUAUGUUUUGUAAUCAGUUUUAUACAACAAAUCUUAGAACAUUCCUUGUUUGUUUUUUCUAAAAUCUUUUUUUGUGACAAAAUAUACAUCUGCCACUCGAUCUCAUAAUCAUGUCUUCUCAAAAUAUCAUGUUCUUGCUAAAACACUAUAUCGUGAUGUGAUAUCUCGUGACUACUAUAAAAUUGUGCAUUGCUAAAUGAUGUCAAAUUGAUGGAACUCGAUUAAAAAUCAUCAAUAUUUUCUGAA